UUUCCUAGUUUAAGGUGUCGUCUGCUUCUUUCAUGAUAUAUUUGGAAUAUGAUUUUGACCUUACAGACCUAAAGUGUCUUUAAAGCAAUACUGACAGAAUUUUUACAUAAUACUUUAAUUGUCAAUUAAAACUAUCUAAAAAUUAAAUAAUUUAUCAAAAUGGCUUCUCGUUCACUCAUUAAAUAUAUGCUACAGUCAAAACUACUGAUUCCUCAACUUCAUCGAGGAGCAACAUCUAUGUCUGCUUUCGAAAUUCAACACAGAACACCUACAAUUAAAAAAGUUAUGCCAAUUCCAAAGGCUCAUUACGGUGGUCGACAUACUGUUACUAUUUUACCUGGAGCAGGUAUUGGUCCUGAACUAAUGGGAUAUGUAAAAGAGGUAUUUACUUUUGCCGGGGUACCAGUAGAUUUUGAAGACAUCGAUAUCGAUCCAAAUGCUGAUAAUAAUGAUGAUCUAUUUUAUGCUAUAACAUCAAUUCGCAGAAAUGGAGUGGCACUCAAGGGAAAUAUUGAAACCAGAAGUAGAGAAGCGGGUGUUCUUUCUCGUAAUGUCGCAUUACGCAAUGAAUUAGAUUUAUAUGUUAAUGUACUGCAUUGUGUAUCGUAUAAAGGUGUUCGAUCACGACAACAAAAUAUAGAUAUUGUAAUAAUUAGGCAAAAUACAGAAGGAGAAUACGCCAUGUUGGAACAUGAAAGUGUUGAUGGCGUGGUAGAAAGCAUGAAAGUUAUUACUAAAUCGAAUUCUGAACGUGUGGCCCGUUAUGCUUUUGAAUAUGCAAAACGUAAUAAUAGAAAGAAAAUCACCACCGUUCAUAAAGCCAAUAUAAUGAAACUUUCAGAUGGUUUAUUUUUAGAAACUUCACGUAGAGUUGCCAAAGACUAUCCAGACAUUCAACAUAAUGAUAUGAUUAUUGAUAACACGUGUAUGCAACUUGUAUCGAAUCCUCAUCAAUUCGAUGUUGUCCUGACAACAAAUUUAUACGGUGCUAUUGUAUCAAAUGUAGUAUGUGGUUUAUUAGGAGGAGCAGGACUUUUAGCAGGAAAGAAUUAUGGAAAUCAUUAUACAAUAUUCGAACCAGGCACUCGCAAUACGGGAAAGAAAAUAGCUGGAAAAAAUGUCGCGAAUCCAAUUGCUAUGUUAAAUGCUGCUGUUGACAUGUUACGUCAUCUUGGACAUAAGGAACAUGCAACUUUGAUUCAAAAUGCUAUUAAUAAAACUGUUAAUGAAGGAGUACACACACAAGAUCUUGGUGGUUCUGCAUCGAGCAGGGAUGUUAUUGAUAAUAUUAAGAAACAUAUUAAAAUUGCUUCAAUUUAGAGAAACUGGAGAUACUAGAUCUGUAAAGAAUUUCAAUAGUAUACUAUACAUAUAGCGUUAACUUUAUGAAUCAUUUCAACCAUAUAAAUUAAAUUGUUUUCACUAUAUUAAACAUUUGUACAUAUAAUGAGUUUAAGUCAUAAUGCUUUAUAAGCAUUAACGAAGUCACUUUGUUAAAUAAUGUAAAAUGUAAGAUGAAACAUCUUGAUAAUAAAGCUUUAAUAAUACAUUGA